CUUCAGAGUAUCGCAUUCGACUCUCUACGACUGAAUACCUACCAAGUUGGUAACUAAAGUUAUUUGUCGGUAUAAUCUUAAUGCGUGGGAAUUGAGUUUUAUUCAUUUUUUCGAGUGAUUUUGGUUUCCAACUGUGCAAUUUUUCUCGAUCAAGUAUUCAAAUUUUGUUCAUUUUUUUCACGAUGUGUGCCUUUGUAGGUGAAGAAAAUCCCAACGUGGAACUAAGCGAAAUAUUUGAGAAUCGAAAUCAAGCUAUUCGUAUUAAUCACCACGAAUCAUCAAAUCACUUCCUCAAAAGAUCGCUCCAAAACCCUUGUGACAAAUAUUCCAGAAUACUGAAUUACGUGUCCUCGAUACUUAUCGUCUUGGUCUUAUGGGCACUACUAUAUGCAUUACUACCGCAAGAGGUGCAACCUCCAGGAGGACAGCUCUUUAUUUUGAUUGCAUUGACAGUAUUGAGUUACUUUUGCGGAUGGUUGAUUUCCUUCUUUUAUUUGCCACCAUUGCUGGGCAUGCUACUUUGUGGUAUAGCUAUGAGAAAUUUCGGGUUCUUUCAAGUGACUGGGGUUUACAUCGAGAUCGUUGCGACGAUAAGACAAGUAACUUUGACAGCCAUUUUAAUAUUAGCUGGUCUGGGUCUGGAUGCAUCUGCACUGAAAAGACUGAGUAUGGUUGUGGCUCGUUUGGCAUUAAUUCCCUGUUUCACUGAAGCUUUUGGAGCCGCCAUAGCUGCUCAUUACGUGAUGGGAAUGCCGUGGAUUUGGGGAUUACUUUUAGGCUUCGAAUUGGGCGCUGUCAGCCCGGCCAUCGUUAUUCCCGCAUUGCAAACGAUCAAAGAGAAAGGAUAUGGAGAAAGCAAGGGUAUAUCUACACUACUUAUAGCCGCAUCUAGUCUAGAUGAUAUAGUUUGUAUUUCCAUUUUCGGCGUUCUUUUGGGCUUAAUAUUCUCCCAAGGAGAACUUGUGUCUAACAUCAUCCAAGGUCCUAUAGAAGUGGCAAUUGGUAUUGUCGUUGGUUUAGGUUGGGGUUUUAUCUCAGCUUGCAUUCCUCAUCGUAAUGAUAAUCACGUAACCUUCAAACGUUCGUUGAUGGUUGGCGGAGGUGGACUUGUAUGUGUUCUGGGAGGUCAACUGAUUGGCUACGCUGGUGCUGGACCUCUGGCUGCGAUUAUUUCAACAUUUUUAGCAUCUUUAUGUUGGAAAUGGCAAGGAUGGUCAAAUACUUAUAACCCAGUGCAGGAUGUGUUUAGCAACAUAUGGAUCGUUCUCGAACCAUUACUUCUUGGACUAAUUGGAACUGAGAUUAAUUUUGCUGACAUUAGUUUAAACUCACUUUGGCAAGCGUUGGCAGUUCUAGGUCUUUGCUCAAUCGGUCGAAUUAUUGCUUCCACCAUUGUAGUACUUGGCGCCAAUUUAAGCUUCAAAGAGAUGAUUUUCAUGAUUUUAGCAUGGUUACCAAAAGCAACAGUUCAAGCCGCCUUAGGACCUGUGGCAUUAGAUUUGGCUAACAAAACCGGUCGAGACGAUGACAUCCAGUGGGCCCAAAAUAUUCUCACCAUUGUCGUAUUAUCCAUUUUGAUAACCGCCACGAUAGGCGCUAUCGGUAUCACCGUUGGAGGUCCGAGACUUCUUACCAAAGAUCCGCCUGCCAUUAAGAGUAUAAAAAAUGAAAAUUCGCAAGUGGCUCUGGAUGAGACAUUUUCUUGUGAAUUGUAAUACCUAAUUAUGAAGGGAGACGACGGUGAUCGAGAUUUAUGUGUUUAUUAGAUCUUAUUAUUCCUAUUCGGUUGCAUAAACAAAAAAUUACAUUCUGAUAUUGUUUUUCCUUCGGAUCUACAACAAAGCAUGGGAAUGGUGAAUUGGCCAUGGAAUAAACAGUUUACUGAAAUUUUAUAUUCGGUCAAGUAGGUAACUACCACAUUGACAAAUUCAACACAUUGUAAAUCGAAUAAGUUGUUCGAACUAAUCUAGUAAAAGUUACACGAGUAGCUUCGAAAAUCGAUAAUCCGAAUAAACACAGUGGCCGACAAGAUAUAUGAUGGAAAUCAACAGCAAUCGUCUAUUUGCUGCAUUUAAUUCGUACCAUUCGACUUCAUACAGCAGUGCUUCAGAUACGCUGUUAUCCUGCUCGUAAACAUUUUCCAAAAAUUAUCAUAAAAAUA